UACACAAAAUAAUAAAGGUGGUGAAUUAUUAAAAUGAUAAAUAUUUUAAAAUUAUGGGAUCUCAUGAAAUGGUGGUUUGUCACGCCAUCUUUGAAACACGCUUAAACCAGCUUCAGAAUCAGAGCGCAAUGAGAAGAACAACUCUUCCAUUGAAAACUGCUUCUUCUAACUUCUCUUUCGCCAUUGAAAAACAAAAACCCAAUCUUUUCUUUAUCUUCCCAAUGAACAAUGAAACCUUCAUCUUCCCAGAUCAAAGCCCUGCAUGCCCACCUCAUCCGAACUUACCGUGAAGCCCACGCUUCCUCUUCCAUCUGCCACGUCAUCACAUCCUACACUCUCUCCCCAACAACACUCCCCAAAGCCCACCUCGUACUCCUCCGAAUCCAAAAGCCCACCUUGUCCCUAUGGAACCUCGUGAUCCGAGCUUGGUCCCUCUCCCACCACCAACCUCAUCAUGCAAUCACGACCUGCAACCUCAUGUUCCGCUAUGGCCUCUUUGGAAACCACCUCACUUACCCUUCUCUGUUCAAGGCCUGUGCGCGAGUUAACGAUGUUUUGUGCGGUGAAAUGGCUCAUGUUCGUGUUCUAAAACUUGGGUUUGGGUCGUGGUUAUUUGUCUCCAACGCGAUGGUUCACAUGUAUGGUUGUUUAGGUGAGAUGGGGCGUGCUCAGAAGGUGUUUGAUGAAAUGCCUGAGAGGGAUUUGGUGUCUUGGAACUCGUUGAUUUGUGGGUAUAGCAUGGGGAAGAGGUUUAGGGAGGUUUUGAGUGUUUUUGAAGAAAUGUGUGCGGUUGGUGUAAGAGGGGAUGCAGUGACUAUGGUGAAGGUUUUGUUUGCAUGCUCUUGUUUGGGUGAGUGGGGUGUUUUUGAUCAAAUGGUGGAGUACAUUGAGGAAAAUGGUGUUGAGAUUGAUGUUUACUUGGGGAACACGCUUAUUGAUUUGUUCGGGCGACGCGGCAUUGUUGAUCGGGCUAGAGAAGUAUUUGAUCGGCUGCAAAGGAGGAAUGUGGUCUCCUGGAAUGCCAUGAUUAUGGGAUAUUUGAGAGUUGGGGACUUGAUUGGUGCUAGGAAGAUGUUUGAUGAAAUGCCGCAAAGAGAUGUGUUCUCGUGGACCAGCAUGAUUACGGGUUACUCUCAAGCAAACCAAUUUGCUGAUGCAGUGAGGCUUUUCAAAGAGAUGAUGGAAGCUAAAGUGAAGCCGGACGAGGUAACCAUUGCUAGCGUGCUUUCCGCAUGUGCACAUAUCGGUUCACUUGAUGUUGGGGAGGCUGUCCAUGACUAUAUAAGGAAACAUGGGGUUAAAGCCGAUGUUUAUGUUGGAAAUGCCUUUAUAGAUAUGUAUUGCAAAUGUGGUGUAGUUGAGAAAGCUUUGGAGGUGUUUAAUGGGAUGAGUAAGAAGGACUCUGUGUCAUGGAAUUCACUAAUUUCAGGUCUUGCAGUGAACGGUUUUGCGAUUCCCUCUCUCCAUUACUUUUCCCUGAUGUUGAAAGAAGGCGUGCAGCCGACCCAUGGAGCCUUUCUCGGGGUUUUACUGGCCUGUGCUCAUGCUGGAUUGGUUGAUAAAGGAUUAGAAUACUUUGAAAGUAUGGAAAAGGUUUAUGGACUGAAACCGGAAAUGAAACACUAUGGAUGCAUAGUUGAUCUUUUGAGUCGCUCCGGUAAUUUACAAAGGGCCUACGAGUUCAUCGAAAAAAUGCCGAUGGCUCCGGAUGUUGUGGUGUGGAGGAUAUUGUUGAGUGCCUCUCAGAUUCAUGGAAAUCUACCCUUGGCUGAGAUUGCCACAAACAAGCUUCUUGCACUUGAUCCUUCUAACAGUGGUAACUAUGUACUCUCAUCUAAUACCUAUGCUGGGUCCAACAGAUGGGAAGAUGUUGUUAAAAUGAGGGGACUUAUGGAAGAGAGUAAUGUACAUAAAACAUCAGGAAGCAGUUCCAUAGAAAUAGUUGGUUCAAGCAGUUCCAUAGUAAAUUGAUGACUGUUACCCAGGAGAAACAUUUAUCACUUAAUAAAUUGACUUCAUUUUUAUGGGAAAAAUAUUACAU